AUGGACAGAUUUGACUGCCUGGCUGGCUGUGCGGCUGUGCGGCUGUACGGCUGUGUGCCUUUGCCAUAUGUGAAGGCUGUCGCUAGUCCAACAGUGGCCGUGGUCCAUGCCAUGUGUUGCCUUUCAAUGCACAGAAAGAAAUCGCAGACGAGCGUGAUCAUCCAGGCCGGAGAGUCUAAGUACAGCCAUAACUAUUUUGAAAACUUUAACAUGAGCAUCAUCAAUAACACGCUAAAUCUGGACAUGAUGAUCAGAAAGCCUUUAACGCAUGGACUCAAAAUGCGCGUUGACUUUUCCAUCAGCCUAGGCAAAUCGAAGCACUACCAAAGCGUCUUCGCCAAUAUAGUAGACGUUUGCGGCGUUGUGUCAGCCAUACAUAAUAAUAUAUUCAAGACCUGGUUCCAGAGCAUGUUGGAGCAUGGCAACUUUAUGUACAACUGCCCCGUGACCGAGGGCCAUUACUUUCUGCGGAACUGGAGGAUGGAAGCCCACAUGGUGCCUCAGUAUUUAUAUGCGGGCGACUAUCGUGUCAAUUGCCACAUGUUCUUCGGGAAACUAAAGACGAAGCACGAGGACUUUGUAGUAGAAAUGAAAAUCUUUGCACUACUCAAAUCAAGCUAA